UGACAAAAUGAAAGAGGGACAAGGUUAAUUGCUCAUCUUUUUGAGCUUCUGUUUCCAGAAGGUCUCUCUUAUACAAUAUUUAGCAGAACUUCCAGCCUUUGAUUCGCAAAGGCCAAUUCUUAUCGAGUAUAUAUUUGUUUUUGUCAAGUCUAUUGCUCGCUCUGAUCGACCUGUUUAGUCACCUACUACCCCGUACGCCAAGUGGAGCCGUCUUUCGCGGCAGGCAUAGAAGCAAUUCUAGUCUCCAAAAACGUAGCCAUUGAGACGCGACAAACCAACUGCUUUCGCUCAAUCGACAUACUUGCCUACCUACCUACCUACCUACCUAACUACUCCUCAUCUUGCGCCAUUCGUCUCACAGUCACGAGACAACCCGACUACCCCUCACUACUGCCGAGAACCUAUAGAUUACCUAGGGAUUGAGGAACCCCCCUUUGAUCUAUUUAUUUGACUGUCUCGAGGACUCCGGGGCCUUUACUCCUUCAUAGGUUCUAACCAUCCAAGUUACGGAAAUUGCAACCGAAAUCCUUUUCGCAACUGAUCAUCCACCAAGAGCUUAUCUUUUGUACCUACUACCAACCUACAUAGCUAGGUAUCCAAGCUGGUCUGUUCACAAUGGGCUGGUUCUGGCAGACUCCCCCUCACUCGCCCAAGGUGGCACCCAACAACUCUUCACCACAGCCAAAAGACGCCCAGUCCUCGACGAAGCCGCCCACACAGCAGCAGCCGAAGGGCUCCAAUGAUGAUGCCGAAAUCGCCAAGUUCCUGCAGCUUUUCCAAGAGGCCGACGCAAAACCAUCAAGUUCUACAUCCCAAUCAUCAGCAACAGGCCAACAACCCCAACAGUCAUCACCAACAUCAUCGUCACAACACCACUCACGGCAAGCAGCACCUUCGUCAUUCCUCUCCCAGUUCUCCCGGCCCUUUCGAGAGGACCCUUCAGGCGCCUCCACAACCCGCAAGGACCUAGAAUCACUCUCACCCUCUGAACGGGCCAAGGAGGAGAUCGUGCAGUCGCUGAUGCCGACCGACAUGUCGUGCCGCGACGCCUUCGAUUACGCCUACGGGUGCAACAGCAUCCGGGGCCAAUUCAACGCCGUGUACCGCUACGGCGAGGUCCGGUCGUGCUCGGAGCUGUGGGACAACUUUUGGUUCUGCAUGCGCGUCAAGAACUGGCAAGGGGACAUGCGCGCCAACGCCAUCCGCGACAGGUGGCGAGAAAAGGAGGAGCGCAAGUACGGGCCCGGCAUGCCCAGCAGCGAGGACGUUUGGCGGCCCAGGUUGAAGCUGCUGGGCCCCGACGAGGCCUUCCGCGACAAGAUACCAGAGGUGGAUGCCACGUUGACGCAGAACGACGAUGACUUGGAGUGGAAUAGGCAGGAGACGGAGAUGAGGAGGGCUGUGAGGGAGAAGUUGGGCUUCAAGGAGGAUGGAUAUUGAGCAGGGUUCUCAUCUGCCUGUUUUCAGGAUCAUUCGGCGUAGUUACGCAUGUAUUUACUAUAUACGGUCAUGGAAAUUCAUCAGAUGUGAUUUCUCAUAUUGCGUACUUUUUGGUUCUCACGCCGUUGCACCAUCGGGGACAUGUGAUUUUUUGGUUUUUUAAUACCAUGUACUCAAAAUGGGCCCAAUUGUUAACGACAAGACUACCUAUCAAACUAUCUAUUUUUAAUCUGUGGAACUUUUAUGUUAGUCGUAUAAAC